GAAGGGAUGUCGGGUGUUGAAAUGGCUUCGAGCUUCGCCUAAUGGCUGCAAGGGACUAGUACUCCCCACAGGUCGGCCAAAGAUUGAACGGUUCCGAGCCAGCAUCCAUCAUGGCCUCCUCGCGUCACCACUCGUCCCGCGACCGAGAGCGCGACGACCGCAAAGGUCGUUCACACCACUCGGGCGGUCAUAAGAGGACCUCUCAUCGCCACAGGUCGAGAUCAAGGAGCGCCAGCCCGGAGGAGGGGAAUAGCAGCAACCAUCACAGUAGCGACCGGCACUGGGACGAGAGGGACAAAGACCGUCAUCGGAGGCGGGACGAGAGGGAAAAGGGUAAGGAGCGCGAGCAUUGCAGUCACUCUCAUCGGCAUCGCAGCAGCCACGAAGAUGAUAAUGGAAAGCGCAGCAGGAAAGAGGAUACAGAUAGGGAACAUCGCCAUUGUAAGCGGAGCCAAAGUAGGGAUAGGGACGGAGGGAGGGUUAAAAAGUCACGGAAGGAGGGAAAUCACAGUGACAAGGAAAGAAAUUAUGAGGAAGCGAUGGCAUCGAUACCGACAUUGGCUUCGCUGGCAUUAACAUCUACCCUCACCACCGAGGAAGCCUUGCCACCGUCGACCGAGUCGCCUAGGGUCAUGGCACCACAAGCAGAGCCCACAGAGAGCAAGAUGCAUCGGGAAGACUGGAUGCUUGGUGCGGAUGCCGCUCCAGGGGACGCUGUUCCAAAAGCAAUAGAGAUGGACGACAAGUCUCAAGAGCCUUCCGGCUCAUCGGGCGGUAUCGACUUUUUCUCAUCGCUGGGACACACGAAAGAAAAGAGUGCAAGACAACUGGCUCGCGAAGCCGCAAAGGAGAAGCGCGAUCCGGAAAAGCUGCAAGUAUCGUCUCGCGAGCUGAACACACAAUUUGCGCAAGGCAAGUCGCUUGACGAGUAUGACGAAGUCCCCACCGGCGUCGGUGCUAGCUCUGGGCACGCUGCACGAGCUCAGCCCGGCGGGCCCGGCUACGCAUGGCGCAUGAUGAAGCUCAAGCGGACUUUCGAGGCCGCCGAGAGCGAAGGCAGGGACUUAGCCGAUGUAGCGCUCGAGCGGUACGGGAGCAUGGAAGCCUUCGAGGAGGCCAAGGGCGAGCGCGAGUGGCUUGAUCGGCGUGAUCAGGAGAAGCGCAAUGCUGGCACUGGGAGCAGCACCCAGCAGGGGGCGCAUGCUUAUAACAGGAGCUACAUGGUUUCUGGCCUCUCCGUGGGCGAGUAUUCCUCGUUCACUCAUUCACCCCUGCCCGGCUCGGGGGCGAGCACACCCCGCCCCCUCAGCCAGCAAUCCUUUCGUAAACCCGGCUCAGCCCCAACGACGCCCGGAGUAGGUGCCAGUGGCGGCUCUAGAGCGCAACCCGCAGCGGAUCCUUUUGCUCGUCUGGGCGCAGCAGCAAGAAAGUCAAAUUCCUCUCUCCGCCAACGCGGGUGUACGAUUGAUUCGGGUGCAAGCCGCAGCGGGACGUCGACACCGCCCGUAGCUUCUGCUAGCUCUGGCGUGGCGUCCGACGCGAGCAAAUCUGGCACUCCAAUCCCGUCUGUCUUUGCACCAGUCGUUCCACGCAAAUCUGCUGCUGCGACCGCGGGAGCCGGCACCGUCGAGCGUACUAUUCAGCACAGCUCUGAUAGUACUGGCGGCGGCGAGAAGGAGAUCUCAGCAGCACCCGUCUUGGAUCAAACAGCGCUCAACAAGCUCAAGGCAAGGGUGAUGAAGGCGGAGAUGAUGGGAAAGCCUGACACCGCUGCGCUCCAGAAAGAGUACGAACGCGAGCUGACGCGCUCGGAAACAGCUUCCAUACGCGCAUAUGCGUACGCACAAGGGGGCGACGAAGGCGAAGGGUAUUUUGGCACAGAUACUUUUGGUCGCGUAAGGGAUGCAGAUGAUGAUGGAGAGGCUGACGAUGGGCAUGUGCGCGAGGUACAUGUUCUGCCCACACUCGAUGGGCGCGGGCAGCUGUACGAUGUUGGCCGCGGCACAAAUGCGGAUGCUGCGCAGAAUCGUGCCGCUCUGCCAGGUAACAGGAGGAAGAAUUCUGAAAAGUUCGAGACGCGAGAUUCCAAGACAGGCGAGCUGCUGCGCUAUAAUGCCGAUGACGAUACGCAGACGCUGUCCGAUUUGAUCCGGCAGGAGCGCUUCGCCGCCGGAGCUUCGUCCGUGAAGAACGCAGACGCCGAGCUCGCGAGCAGGAUCAUGCGCGAUGGCAAGUAUCGCGCCGAUGUCGAUUACAUGGACGACAAUGUGGAGCGCCUCGCGCGCAAGAACAUGAAGAGCGAUGCGAUGAAGCGACAAUUUGCCAUCCAGGACUUUGCGCAGACGAAAAGGGCGCUGGACACCUGUCAGUUCUGUUGGCAGGAUGAGGGCGCUCGGCCGCCGCGUGCGAACGUCAUUGCCAGCGGCAGCAGUGCCUAUCUUGCGCUUCCGGAGCGGGAGAGCCUCGUGGCGGACCACUGUCUGAUCGUGCCGGUGCAGCAUCACCUCAGCAGCCUAGAGCUCGACGACGACUGUUGGGACGAGAUCAAGAACUUUAUGAAGUGCUUGAUGCAGAUGGCCGCCAAAAAGAAUGAAGGCUGUAUCUUCUUCGAGACGAUCCUCAGCUUCAAGCAGCAGCGACACACGUACAUCGAGUGUUUGACGUUGCCGUGGGACCUGUACCUCGACGCGCCGGCGUACUUCAAAGAGUCAAUCCUGGCGAGCGAGCAGGAAUGGACGCAACAUAAGAAGUUGAUCGACUUUAGCGAGCGCGGCGGGUUCCGCAACAGCCUUGUGGCCAAGCUGCCGUACUUUAUGGUCCAGUGGGACUACAAGGGCCUCAAAGGCUAUGGACACAUCAUUGAGGGACAGGAGACGGCGGAGCACGGCGAGAAUGGAGAGAUCGACGCCGCCAACGAGACCGGCCUCGGCGGUCAGGCCUUCCCCAAGUGGUUUGCACAAGAGAUCGUUGGCAACCUGCUCGACAUGGAGCCGCGGCGAUGGCGCAAACCACGCAGACUCGACUACAAGCAGAACUCCGAGCGCAUCGCGGGAUUUAAGAAGCGCUUUUCUGACUUCGAUUGGACCAAAAUGCUCGAUACUGUUGGUGGUGGCGGCGACAGCGUAGGAGGCGGCGGUGGGUGUGCAUGAUGCCAUGAGCGCAUCUCCAACCGAUCCAAGGCGAUUGCCACCCCUUCAUUUAGAUGCUUUGUACGCAUAUUCACCUUCAAUGUUACAGUAUCCUCA